UUUUUGCAUUUCUAGUAGAAUUUUUUCCUUGUUUAUUAGUUGUGGGCUAUGUAAAACAGUAUGCAGCCGACAGAAUUGGGGAUGUAGGCUCCAUCCCUCCCCCUACCAGAGGACAAAGACUAAAAUGGGUCAGACUCCGGAGUGAAGCAGAUCUUCCGCACCAGCCAUCAUGUAAUGUAGUUCAUCAUCCCGGAGACCAGACACAAGAUGCUGCUGAGGAGAACCUUUAAAUAACACUGUCCAACAUGACGCGAUUAUUCAACACAUUUUACGGAUAAGUGUCUGUUUUUCAGCGUUUUGAGCAGAAAUUUGAAGAUUUUCCGAGUCGUGCCAUCGGGGUUUUUUGUCACCGUGUCCUUUCGGGAUGGGUGAACCUUCUCGCCCGCUUACAGUGAAUCUGGACCGGGUGGAUGUGAAGCCUUGUCGGUGGUGGUGGUGGUGAGCUCCAGACGGUCAUACCAGCCGAUGGAUGGAUGGAUGGACGGAUGAACGGAUGCUGCGUCCUCGGUGAAAAUAAAGGAGACAGGCUAAAGUCCUGCACUGUGGACUGUGAUCACAUCUGAUGGAGGACUGCUCACACUGCCAGCCUGUACAUUUCUGUGGAUUCUCUGCUCUCAUCCUGCGGCUUCAGAGGUGUUUCUGAUCAGAGCUGUGUAGAUCUACUGCUGCCAUGACUCCUUCAGUGUACACUCGACCCCCAUGGACGCUCAAACUGCUUACCGCUGCUGCUGUGUUAAUGUUAAUGACCUCACUUCCUGUGUCAGCUGUGGACCAAGAGACAUGUUACUCCAGGCAACACCAAGGUGUUACAGUUAAUGUCAGAAUGGCCAUGAGCAGACCAGGGACGGCCUCAGAUGUCCGGGUGGUCCGGUCGGAACGGGACUGUGUUCUGGCCUGCUGUUCAGAAGAAGUAAAGCCAGGUGCCAGGUGUAACAUGGCUGUGUUCAAUGCCAAAAAACACGCCAAUGAGGAUAACUGCUACCUGUUCCACUGUCCGACAGAGCAGGACUGUCCAUUAAUGAAGGCUCAGGAAGGCAUCAACACCUAUGAUAUCUAUAAAGGGUUGAUUCAUCCAACCACAAUUAGACCUGUCACUACAACAACUGCCACAACCACCACUUCUACUACCACCACCACAGAACAAACCACCACCACUACAAUGCCAGCACCGACCACAACUACAACCACAGAACCCCCCACUACUACAACAACAACCACCACCACACAAAGUACUACAACAAUGCCGCCAACCACCACUAUCAUAACAACCACAACACCACCCACGACCACAACUGCAGCACCCCCACCCAUUAUUAUCAUAGCCACCAUGCCUGCCGUAACCAUGGCACCCACUACCACCACCACCACAACAACAACAGCUCCUACCACGUCCAUCAUCUCAACAAAAAAAACGAACAAAACCAGCAAAAAGCAAAAUAAAACCACCAAGAAAGCAAAGCUUCACCCUGUUAAUAUCACCACAUCAGCCCGAGCUGCUCCAAGCUCCACAGUGUCACUUCCUGUUUUAAUGGCUGACAAUGAAAAGGCUGAACUCAGAACUGGUGUUAAGUUGCAGCCAGACAUUGAAGUACCCACAACCACAACCACCACAACCCCAACCACAACAACAACUACUACAACUACAACCCAAAACCCAACAACUACUUCUACAACAACCACUACUACAUCUACUACUCCUGCAACUACAACUACUACUGCAACAUCAACUACCACCACUACAACUACUACCACUACAACUACUACCACUCCUUCCCCCACCACCACUACCCCCUAUACUCCUCCAACUACCACUACUACAACUACUCCUGUGACUACUACAACCACAACUGAACCCCCCACCACAAGGACAAGUCCAGCAGCAAGUCUGCUCAUCGUACCCAAAGGCGCUGUCCAGUCAGACCACAGUCUCCAGGACCAGAGUCGGGCUAAAGUGGCUGCAGCAGGACGGGGGGCAGUGAAGAGUGGGAUGGUGGCAUUCAUGGUGCUGGGGCUGGCUGUACUCACGCUGGCUCUGGCCGUCGGUGGCCGCAAAGCUAUGGAGUCCUUUGACAGACGCCAUUACACAAGACUGGAGCUCAAUGACCUGCACUAUGAAGUGUAAGGACAGAAUGCAAUGCAACAAAACACUUCACAGGUCUUUGUUCAUAAUGGACAGAUUUUACAUUCUUAAAUCAUCUGAUAACUUAUAAAUCUCUAAACAGCACAGUCACACAGUAAUUGAAUAUCUGUUUCACUUUGUUACGAUAUAUCACAACCACAGAGAGUCUUGGAUUUAGCCCAGAAGGUGUGCAUUAUUUUAAGAUAACAAUACCUGAUCCAUGGGCAGCAGGCCUAUUCCUUCCAAUGUAGGUAAAGUUUUAAUGGCACUGAACGGUGUGAGACUAAUACUUUUUUGAUCCUGUUUGAAUUAUGCCAUCAAUUAAUAUAAUGUUUAUCAAUUUAAAUGAAUUUUUUAGAAGCCAAAAAAGUCGCAAUAAAGAUAGUAAGGUAUUAUCUACUUUUGAGUGAAACACCUUAGCAUACUACAGUAAUCGUAUACCUGCAUACUCAUUACAUCACCAACACUGAAAGGGCCGGUACCUUGACUCAUCUCACCUCGUUGUUUGAGAACAAGUGAAAAAGUGUUAAAAGACUGGAAAACCACUACAAGUCUGGUCAUGUUGAAGUUGCAGAGACAUUUUCAGUUCCUCGCAGUAGCUUGUGAAGAGAAAAGCAUUGACGUCACUUAGGCGAGUUUCAGGUGUGUAGUCUAAUUAUGUGUAUGUGUAGUGCUGUAAUUUUCUUGGAAAAUAAGUGAUAUUAUAAUGCAAACAGGAUCAAAACAUCAUUUUUCUCUUGCCAUAGACCACUGUGCUUAUUUUUUUCCAAAGUAGGGUCCCAUGGGACACACUGGAAGGACUUCACCUGUUUGUUCUACAUAUGUGUGAGAGCGUGGCUACCUCCUGUCACCAGUAUUUUGAAACAGUUUCCUAAGAUUUGUCGAGGAGUAGUUGUAGAAGUCUCAUGUUCUCUCAGGACCCUUGAAUUACAACAUGCUGAGAGGUAAUUAUGGAAUGAUGACUAAAAACUUAUCAGGCACUGCUUGGGGUUGGGCAGAUCUAUGUUUAAAGUCACACAUUCACUAGUAAACUAAGUGCAGUUUACUUUAUUUUAAAAGCCUAAAAAGGUUGUGGCUAAAGUUCGACUGUAACUGAUGUUAAGAUAUCCCAUCAAGUGUUUGGAAUAAUAUAAUAAUGAUUUAAUAUUGUUGUUUCCUUUCAUUUCAUCAUAGACUAUAUCAAACAUUUUUUCCCGUAACAGUAAAAAAAUGUGAGAAAUAUUUUAAAUAUCUUCUGUGUCGUAAGAGUUAAAUCCAAACAUAACAUUUUGUCUGAAUUUCAGAAGAUUGCCAUGACGUCUUUUUAAAUACUGGUGGGGUAGCCACAUUUUUGCAUAUGUCUUAUAAACAAAUCAGGUUUCCUUCACAGAUCGGGUAGUGACAUAAAAUGCUGAGAUUUAAUGUCCUUUAGUUUUGUUUAAAGAAGAAUGUCAGCACUCUGUAAGAAGGAUAAGUCAGACUGUGGUUUUAAAAAUAAUACACUGCAUUAUGGGGAAUUUGUGUUGAUGGGUUAUGCACCUUGUUUUUUGUCAAUAAGAAUGGGCAAUAAGGAUAUGAAUGUCAACUCUGCAAAUCAAGAAAUGUUACCAUAUAAAAAUCCCAUAUUGCCUACAAUCAUACAGCAACAGCUUUCACAUUCUGUGCUGUGAAAUGUAAAGGAACAUGUUUCCUUCUCAAGCUUGAAAGUAUGACAAUAAUAUCAUUUUUCACGCCCCCUCUUUUUUUUUCACAGAGAUCAUUGUGUGUUCUCUGUACUUUGAACUCUGAUCAGCUCUGCUUAACUGAAACAACUUACACUCUACAGGUUUGAUACUCAGAAAUGUUAGUUUUUUAACAUCUUCUAGUUUUCUGGCUUUUAUUUUUAAUUGCAGAACCUUGGGCCAUUCAAUCCACAGAUUUUGACUUUAUAACCUGAGAAUUAGCCUUUUUUCAGUGCUCUGAUUGUAUUUUUUAUUAUGUUGAACAAAUAUGAAUAGUAUUUUCCAAAUCCUGGCUUUUUUGGUCCUUAAAUGCCACUUUUUUCUGUUGGCAUUUAGUUUUUUUUUGUUUUGUUUUGUUUUGUUUUUUGCAUUAAAUUGUAUGUUUUCAUAAAGACUCAUUUCAGUAUUUAGAAUUUGAUCUAAGAAUUACAUUUUUACUUAGAAUUUCUUUUUGUUUGUUUUUAGAAUUUUGACUUUUAUUCAGCAUUAGCUAAGAGAAAAAUACAACAACAUUUGUGUUUUUCUCAUUAUAACCUGAAACUUUACUUCUUAUAAUGUCAGUGUGACAUCCCUUCUAUUACUUCAGAUUUAACUGAAACUUGUAAUGGUAUGAUAGCUAAAUGCUUUAUCUUAUUAAAUCACAAAAAUGUUCCCAUUAUUUAGAAAAGUAUCCUCUGUUUAGAAGUAUGUGUUUAUUUGGUCACUGUGGGAGCAAAACUUAAGCUUUACCUGCAAAAAUUUGUCAUUGAUCUGAUGUUGGUUUUUCUUCAUGCACUGCCUUCUUUAAGAUGAGUUCAGAACAGAGAAAGUCCUACUAUUACCAUUUUAAUAUUUUAAACCCCCUGCAGAUGAGUUAGAUGAGCUUGUUUUUGUGCUGUAAACUGUAGACAAACACUUCAGCUGGCAAUGGAAAACAAUGAAAACAAAAAGCAAUAUUUUUAUUCCCCGAUACUCAGGAAGCCUCUGGAGUUGAAUUCUGUAAAGAAACUAUGAGCUGAGCGACACACAGUUGCCAUGGGGUUAACCCUUUGUGUAUAAGGUGUACACCUGCAUGUCUUUUACUUCUACAUGCUUCAGCCAUAUGAGCUUGUGAUUAAAUCACCAACUCAGUCUAGAUGUCUGCCUCACUAUCUCACUGUGUGGUUUUUGUAUUCCGUCCACAUAUUCUGUUUCACAUGUGGAUCAAAAUUGAAACUGGAUGCAAUUCUUUGAAAAUCGAUGCACUAUUGUAUCCUGUGUUUUUGAUAAGUAUGAUCUGCUUCUUUUUAAAUAGUAAAAUGUUUUUUCAUAGGUAAGAGUACACUGGCUGCGCACUAUUUUCCUAUACGUACGUUUGUAUUGGAUGUCAGCGUCAGGCAGCGUGUGGACUGGACUGAACCUGCUAGAGCAUCAGUUCACCAGCAGGGGGCAGCAGCUGCCUGAUGAAUGUCACUGAACUGAAGACGCCUGUCCUGCACUGCACCUCAGUUAUUACUAUUAUUAUUAUUAGGCUAUUAUCACUUGUACUGCUUUGAUUUUUAAUAAUGUUCAAUAACUUACAUAGAUGGUAAUAGUUUGGUCUUGUUUUGUGAAGUGAUGCUUUUGCAUAAGUUUGGAAUUUGAUGUUUUGUUCUUGUAAGGAUUAAAAAAAAUGUGAUUUUUGA